UAUUACAUUCAUACAUCCCCUUGACAAAUGGCAGCCUAGAGAUUUUCAGGAAAUUACAUACCAAUUGCAUCUUCAUUGUUAAUUUGACAGGAACAUGCAUUAUGACCAUAAAUAUUUGUAAGUUUUGGCACAUAUUUUGCACACACUGUGGUUAUGAAAGGUCUAGCUGGGCUCUGACUGUAUUAUAAUUAAUUGUUUUUUUAUUAAUUCCAUUCAUUUUUUAACACUCUACACACAAACCUCUUAACAACAUCUCCCUCUCAAUGGUUAGGUUUCAUCGCUGUAUUGUUUAGACUUUUCUUUUUGUACAUGGCAGAUCACCAUCAAGAGGAGACCUCUACUGUAUGUCAUGAACAUUAUCCUACCAGUGUUUGUAUUCCUUGUGCUGGAUGUGAUGUCCUUCUUCAUAGACGCAAGUGGAACAGAAAAGCUGAGCUUUAAAGUGACUUUACUACUGUCCGUUUCUGUGUUGCUGCUGAUUCUUAAUGACACGCUGCCCUCUACAGCUGAUAAAAUCCCACUGAUUGGGAUUUACUGCAGUGUGAUUUUCAGUCUCAUUGGCAUCAGCAUUCUGGAGACCAUCCUUGUGAAUCUUUUGAAGGCUAAAGGAGCAGAGAAGAGAUCAGUGGACACAACAGCUGCUAUUACUGGACAAAAUGAUGUAGAAGACCUGCAGAGCCCUCCAGACUCAAUUAGAUAUCAGAAUGGGAUGCAGAGAUCACUGUGCUGGACCAGAGUGGCAAGAAUCAUAGAUGUGACUUUCUUGGUUCUUUACAUAAUCACCAUUAUUGUGUUUCUGUCUGUUCUUGAGAGGAUUUGGUUUCCAAAGUGAUGUUUUAUACAUGAGAGGGCACACAAUAAACACAUUAUUUAUUAUUAAUAAACAACUAUUAUUUAGACAUUAUUGUCACUGUAAAAAACAAAAAUGAUCUUUGUAACAGAAGCAAUAACAGUAGUUUUACCACUUAUCUUUACAGAUUUUCUUGUAUUUCU